AUGACAGAGACUUCUACCUACGAUAAGCAGCUGGCGUGGAAGCAGCUUGGCCAGCGCAAGCUGGCGAGCAAGUCGAAUGAGCUGCGCGCACAGACCGAACAGGAAUGCACCUUUUCGCCAAAGACUAACACGCGGUCAAUGAGGACGAAAACCGAUGAAAUUACGCAGACAACUCCACUUACCGCUGCAGAGAUAGAAGCUGUGCUGCUACACCCAACCGAAUCACAGGAAAGUUCGAUCAACCUACAUUUGGCUCGCCAGGAAAAAGCUAGAGUACAUGCUCACGACGUGCAACAAAAACUUAAUGGAGUGCAGAACAGUAAAGAUUACACGAAGUGUACGACAGUUGAGCCGUUCGCACUCAGCUCGACAAACUGGAAACCACGUCAAAGCACUAUUGAUCUGUUGGACCAUUCUACUGGAGGCGAUGAUGGACAAAUGAAGCUCACAAACAUUGCAAAAGGAGGUACACUUAAGGCCAAGGCACAACCUGCCACCGCUCGGGGAGCAGGUAAAUCAUUACGGGGCUUACAAGUGUCUUGCGGUGCUACUACAGAUGACGAGGCAUGGGAGAGUGAGCGGGCAACACUGAUCUCCAUCAUUGAAGCUCAGCAACGGGAAUUGGCACUUCGCGAGCAAGCGCAACAGGAAGCCGUGCGUGUAGCUGAGCGCUUUGCAGCUGCGACAGAGGCCUUCGAGGAGCGCUUAGUGACUGUGGAACAAUCUGCAGCCAAGGAGCUUGAAGAAGUGAAACAUACGUCUGAACAAUUUUCGUACCCUACAAAAGAACGCAAUCUCUUUCGCAAAGAAUUAGCGGAAGCACUGAUGUAUUCUAAAUUAUACAGAUUGGAAUUUCUAAAGUUGGCAAGUACCUUGUAUCAUGAUGCUCCGGUAUAUAAAAACACGUCCGGCGAUCAUGUUUGUCUCCACAAGAUAAUUUUAAGUGAAUUUUGCAAAUUUGUCGCUCUCAGCAUCAUUUGCUGGCUCAACUCCGAACAAACCAAAAAGUUUCGUCCAGAUUACGAUCCCUCCAUUAAAAUCGUAAAGCUUACCGCCAGAUAUCCUUGUCGUACGUAG